AUGGCUUUAGGAUAUGUUCUUAGUUUGUUUAUAUAUCCUGGCAUAUCACCAAUACUACUGGGUCUAUUUUUGAUUCCAGCCAACGUUGGGCAAGAUUCACAUGCUACAUCUACAUCAACGCUUUAUUUGAUUAGAAGCAUUGGUUCAUUGUUUGGCGUAGGGGGGUUGUCAGCGGUCAUUCAAUCGACUCUUAGGAAAAAAGUAUUCACUGACUUGUCAGAAUUCACUGAUUUCAAUGAAAACCAGAUUCGGGAGAUUAUUCAUAAAGUUACCAAAUCCAUGUCUUCUUUAUAUUAUUUACCAGAGGCUAUUCAGAAGAUUGUAUUAGGUGAUUAA